AUGACCGAUUCAAAGUAUUUCACAACUACUAAGAAAGGUGAAAUAUUUGAAUUAAAAAAUGAAUUGAAUUCUGAUAAAAAGGAAAAGAAGCGGGAAGCUGUCAAAAAAGUCAUCGCAAGUAUGACUGUCGGCAAAGAUGUCAGUGCUUUGUUUCCGGACGUGGUAAACUGCAUGCAAACAGAUAAUGUUGAAUUGAAGAAACUAGUGUAUCUCUAUUUAAUGAAUUAUGCAAAAAGUCAACCGGAUCUUGCAAUCAUGGCAGUUAAUACAUUCGUUAAAAUUACUGAGUAUUUGUGCGAACCUCUGCGUAAAUGUAUGAAAGAUGAAGAUCCAUACGUUCGUAAAACAGCAGCCGUCUGUGUGGCAAAACUGCAUGAUAUAAACGCAUCUCUUGUGGAAGAUCAAGGAUUCGUCGAUUUACUUAAUGAUUUGUUGAGUGAUUCUAAUCCCAUGGUAGUAGCAAAUGCUGUAGCAGCACUAACCGAAAUUAAUGAAUCGCAUGCACUGAUUGAAAUCAAUUCACAGACUAUCAACAAAUUGCUAACAGCGUUAAAUGAAUGCACGGAAUGGGGACAAGUAUUCAUUUUAGAUGCUCUUUCUUCAUAUCAACCAAAAGAUGAACGAGAAGCGCAAAAUAUUUGUGAGCGCAUUAGUCCCCGUUUGGCUCAUGCAAAUGCUGCGGUUGUCUUAUCAACUGUGAAAGUUCUCAUGAAACUGGUGGAAAUAUUGCCUGAAAGUUCAGAAUUUCUCGGGCAGUUAACAAAGAAACUUGCACCUCCAAUGGUCACCCUGCUUUCUGCUGAGCCUGAAAUUCAAUAUGUUGCUCUGCGAAACAUCAACUUAAUUGUACAAAAAAAGCCUGAAAUUUUAAAGCAAGAAAUGAAGGUGUUCUUUGUAAAAUAUAAUGACCCAAUUUAUGUGAAAAUGGAGAAACUUGAUAUAAUGAUUCGUCUUGCGCAACAAAGUAAUAUCAAUCAAGUGCUGAGUGAACUCAAAGAAUACGCAACAGAAGUUGAUGUUGAUUUUGUGAGGAAAGCAGUCAGAGCAAUUGGUCGCUGUGCGAUUAAAGUAGAGCAGAGUGCUGAAAAAUGUGUUAGUACAUUAUUAGAUUUAAUUCAAACCAAGGUGAAUUAUGUCGUGCAAGAAGCUGUUGUUGUUAUCAAGGAUAUUUUUCGAAAGUAUCCGAACAAAUAUGAAAGCAUAAUUUCUACUCUUUGUGAAAAUUUGGAUACUUUGGAUGAGCCUGAAGCUCGUGCAUCUAUGAUAUGGAUUAUCGGAGAGUAUGCUGAACGUAUUGAUAAUGCAGAUGAAUUGUUAGAAUCAUUUGUUGAAGGUUUCCACGAUGAAAAUACUCAGGUUCAACUGCAGUUACUCACUGCAGUAGUUAAAUUAUUUUUAAAACGCCCAAGUGAUACGCAACAGCUUGUUCAACGUGUAUUGUCUUUAGCCACUCAAGAUAGUGAUAAUCCAGAUUUGCGUGACCGUGGAUAUAUAUACUGGCGUUUAUUGAGUGCUGAUCCUGCUGCUGCAAAAGACGUUGUGCUGGCUGAAAAGCCACUUAUAUCAGAAGAGACAGAUUUACUCGAGCCAUCAUUGCUUGAUCAACUUGUUUGUCAUAUUGGUUCGUUGGCAUCUGUCUAUCACAAACCGCCCUCAUCUUUUGUUGAUUCUACAAAGCAUCCUUUAAGAACCUCAAAUAUUACAGGAUUGCAUCAAGCGAUGACAGCAAAUGAUUCAACAAAUCGUCCAAGUGGUGCGACAGAAUCUGUACAAGCACCAACAGUGAUACCAUCACAAGACACGUUGAUCGCUGAUCUCCUGUCACUUGAUUUAUCAGCACCAACUUCCGGUGUUACUACACAUGGAAUGGAUACUUAUCAACCAGCACCGAUAUCCUCUGGUUUGGACGACUUAUUGGGUCUGGGAUCGGAUGGACUACUUGGUGAUGUUGGUGGAAUUGGUGGGUCAUCACCACUUACAAUUCCAGCUCAAAUACCAGUGCCUAAUGCAAGUGCUGAUGGAAUAUUUGCAACUCUUCCACCUGCGCCAGCUCCUUCAUUAACGCAAGUCUGUUUUUGUCUCAAUUUUUAUGAUUUUUCAAAAUUUAGUGGUUUAAAAUUUAAGAUUUGGUUGGAAGCUAGCAAAGGUAAAGGAACACAAAUCGAAGGAACUUUUGUUCGUCGUAAUGGACAAAUUUAUAUGGAAAUGACCUUUACAAACCGCGCAAUGCAACCCUUCACUGGAUACGCUAUUCAAUUUAAUAAAAAUUCGUUUGGAUUGAUUCCAGCUGAAUUAUUGCAAAUUAGCUCUCCUCUUUACCCCAAUCAGUCUUCUCAUACAUCUUUGCUAUGUUAUACUAAUGGCCCAGUACAAAAAAUGGAACCACUUACAAAUUUGCAGGUAGCUAUUAAGAAUGAUGUUGAUGUGUUCUAUUUUGCCACGAUCGUGCCACUGAAUAUGUAUUUUGAUGAGAAUGGUCAAAUGGACAAGCGAGAUUUCUUGCAAAUGUGGAAAGAAAUACCUGAACAGAAUGAAGUGCAAUUCACAAUCAACAAUGUCAGAGGUUUAGUCGCAGAUGAUAUAUGCACCAAGUUACAACAGAAUAAUAUUUUUACUGUGGCUCGUCGGAAUGUAGAGGGACAGGAACUGCUUUAUCAUUCCAUUAAAUAUACUAAUCAAAUUUAUGUACUUUCGGAGCUGAAGAUGCAAGAAGUAUCUCAACCUCUCACUUUGUCACUGAAGUCACGCCAUACAGCAGCAAUUGCAAAUUUAAAUGAAAUGUAUCAGUUGAUUAUCUCUAAUUAA